AUGGUUAAUAACAUGGUAUACUAUGGAUUGACCUAUAGCAGUGGUGACCUUGGUGUCAACGUAUACUUGAACUUCUUCCUGUCCGGUGCAGUCGAGAUCGUCGGUUACGUGGCAGCCAUAUUCGCCAUCGACUUUUUUGGACGUCGGCCAAGUAUCGCUACUUUCCUCAUCAUUGGCGGCUCUGCUUGCCUCAUUAAUAUCGGUCUACCAAUUGGAGCUUGGAAUACCGCGGUUGCCUUGAUCGGUAAAUCAGCCAUAUCGGCUUCUUAUUCCAUCGUCUAUGUCUACUCAGCAGAGUGCUUCCCUACACCUGUCAGAAGCAUUGGUGUCGGCACCUGUUCAAUGAUGGCUCGUGUGGGUGCCAUUGUUUCACCCCUGAUCCUCAUCCUAGGGGACUACUAUUACCCCGCUCCUCUUAUCAUCUUUGGAACCACCACCAUCUUGGCUGGGUUUCUCUCCCUUCUCUUCCCCGAGACGCGAGGCAAGAAACUACCGGAAACCGUUGAAGAGGGGGAAAUCUUCGGAACGAAAGCCUAUGAUGACAAAAUAGCAGCUGACGAGCUGGCGAGGGAGCAAAAAGAAAAUGACGUCACCGAAAUACCCCUUGAUGACAUUUCCAUUGGAAAAACACAUUCGAACAAAACUUUCGAAUCAGACAACGCCGUUUAGACAUCUUUAAUUCUACUUCGCAGUAAAACCGAUAGACUUUAUGAUGUCUGAAAACAAAUGCAAUAAAGACCAAUUAGGCAUAUAUAUAAUAAUGUAUAUUAUACUCCGGUGUAUUGAGAGAUAAUUCUCACUCCACGCAAGAUACACCUGGGCCCCAUUAUACAAAGAGUUACGAUUGAUCCGAUCAAUCGCAACUAUGGAAAGCCAGCAAAGUCAACAUAUGAAAUGCAUGUUUGUUAAAAAAAAUUCUAGAUAUGAAUGCAUAUCCAUAAAUUUAUUGAUUUCUUUACAAUUUGGGGUAUUCUCCUUUGAUUACAAAGGACAUUUUGCAAAUUUCCUGUAGAAAAAAUAUGACACUGAUGGAUUUCCAUAGAGUUACGAUUGAUUGGAUCAAUCGUAACUCUUUGUACAACGGGGCCCUGGGCUGCACCUCCACGUCCUCUUCACAUAACCAAUGGCUGUCUUAUCUAAUAAGGUCCCCAAAACCCCUUUUCAACAAACAAACAUGGAGUGCGGUAGCGCUUGUUCACUUAAAGAACAUUAUAUUUUUUAUUGAUUUUUUGUUAUACAGCGCGUCCCAAAAAAAUGUCCCUCUGAUACGCGGCUGAAUUACUUCAAAAAAUAAAAAUUAUUCUCAAUGAAAUGUAUGGAAUUAGUAAGCUCAUAUCAUGUUCUAACAUCUAUAAAACUUUCAUUGGUCUCGCUUCAGUGGUUUUUAAUACACAGUCUAUUAUGUAACAGUGGUGCUUUUCAGCCCAUUCCAAGUUUGCAUGCAUGCAACACUGCUGUGUGUUCUGCUCUUUCUAGCAUACAGGUUUUGUAUCAUCCCCCUUUGAACAUUCUUACCAAGAAUUUCCCUGAUCUGAUCAGGAAAAUCUCCAUGACCUACCCAGGCUCAUCAAAUCACAACCUUGAGCAUGUUCAGAAGGGCAAAAACAAAAUUUGACAGUUCAUUUCAUGUUUGAUAACAGGAGAUGCACAAUGAUUAGGACAACUGGUUAUGUCUGUUUAAUGCCUGAUUCAUGCUUAAUAUUCUGCAUUUUUGUUUUCAUUACUCUUUUUAAGUUAAUAAGCUACUGUGGUUAACUUAAUUCAAUGUAACUUUUUAAAAGAAAAAAAGUAAAAAAUUUCAUUGGUAAAGUUCCUUUCCUUUUGCAGAUUCCCCUUUAUUUUUCAGCUUAUUUUACUCAUCCAUCAUUCAAUUUUCUUUCCAAGUUGGUGCACUGAUUCCCCUUAUCAAUCAUGAAACAAAAUUAAUUCUUAUGUUUCUUGUCCGUCUGAACAUGCCCAAGUUUAUGAUUUGAUGAACCUGGAUAUGAUUAGGGAAAUGUCCCUGCUCAGAUCCAAGAUGUAAAAUUGGGGGUUAAUAUGCCUUAGACAAUGCAAAAAUGCAUCAAUGCUGCAAACUUGGAAUGGGCUAAAAUGCACCACUCUUACAUAACAGAGUGUUUAUACAAAACCGCUGAAGCGUGACCAAUGAAAUUUGUAUAGAAGCUAGAUCAUGAAAUGAGCUUUCUACUCAUGAACAUUUAUUUGAGAAUACUACCACAUUUUAGAAUUAAUUCAGCCCUAUGUCAGAGGGACAUUUUUUUGGGGACGCGCUGUAUUUGAUUAUUGUUAUCUAACAUUUUCAGGGAGAUUCGCUGAUGUUUUUUAAAGGGGAAUCCAACCCAAAUAAAAAUUUGUUUUUAUAAGGAAAAGAAAAAUCAGACAAGAUGAUAGGUGAAAAAUUGAACAAUAUCGGACAAACAACAGGAAAGUUAUGAAUUUUUAAAAGUUGUAAAUAUUGGUAAUCACUAUACCCAUGGAGACUUCAAAUUGGCCGCAUAUGGGAUGUCAUAGUGAUGUAAGGCAAGGACUACUCUUCCAUGUACUCCAAUACAUGUUAUGGCUAAAAUGUCAUUUUCCCCAAAAGUUUUAUUUCAAAUUAUAUUUUUCUUUCAUGAGGACAUAAAGCAAUAUACUACCUGGGUUAUAUUCAGAUUACUGCCCCAGGGGAAUGGGUACUUAGGAGAAAACCACAAAUCCCUGAUAAUAAAGUACAUGGCCUAUGGGAAAGUUGUCCUUGCCCCUUGUCAUAAUUUACUUACCCAGUUGCCAAUUUGAAAUCUACAUAGUAUCAGUGAUCUCAGAUUUAAAUCAGCUAUAACUUUCUUGUUGGUUGUCCGAUUCCUUUCAAACUUUCACAAUGCUGUUUAAUUUAUUUUUCUCCUUCCCAACACAACAUUUUAUGGCCAAGGCUGGAUUCCCCUUUAAGUCUCUUAUAAAUUCGACACAAUGGCGACUGAUCUGAAAUAAUAUGCAUAAUUUAGCAAACGGUAGACUAAAUACCGUUGGUGAAAGCAACGAGGUAGACUAUAUUUUUCGAUACUAGAUGUGUUAUUGUUCUUACCAUUAUUUUUUUUCAUUAUCAAUUUAUCAUCAUUAUUCUUGUAGCUUUAAAUUGUCAUAAUCAUCAUCACUAUCACCAUCAUCAUCUCGCAUCAUAAACGUCCUUCCGUCUCUUGUGGUCAUGGUGAUCGUCACUAUUUGAUAAAUGAAGCUUUUGCGCCAUUAAGUAUUUAUAACUGAGGAAUUUAUUCAGCUUUGACAUUAAAAAAAUAUAUAAAGUGUUGUAUAAAUUUUCACGUGAUCGUAUUUUUUAAUAACUGAUGUGCCCUUGCAUUUUGUUUGAAGUCUUGGAAAUAAAGAGUGAUAAAAUCAGGACGGGGGGGAUUUCUGACG